UGGUGAAUCAUCCCACCACGGGUGAAAGUCAUCGAGAAUUUUUGUGUUUGUUUAACUGAGUUUAAUGCAGAGUUUUGAAUAAUGGGGGCAGAUGACAGUCUAUGCGAAGUUUGGCAAAAAUGUAUAUCUUCCUAAAGAUGCCGAGUUUUAUUUUAUUUAUAACGGAUCUCAUCAGAGGCACAUUGUGAUGGCAGAACGCAUGGAGGAUAACAUUCUCCAAUCCAGCAUUCCAGGCCACGGACUUCAGGAGACUGUGACGGUGUCUGUGUGCCUCUGCUCGGAAGGUUACUCCCCGGUGACCAUGGGCUCUGGCUCAGUGACAUAUGUGGACAACAUGGCCUGCAGGCUGGCCCGUCUGUUGGUGACCCAGGCCGAUCGCCUCACAGCCAGUAGCCAUCAGACCCUGCUGACUCCGUUUGCCCUGACAGUGGAAGCGCUGUCCGCCUUGGAUGAGGAACUCGUGCUGGCUCUGACCCAUCUGGAGUUGCCUCUUGGGUGGACUGUCUUGGGAAAUUCUUCACUUGAAGUUAUUCUUCCCAGAGAGUCUCUCCUACACCUGGCUGUGAGAUGGGGCUUGCCUAAGCUUUCCCAUUUCCUCGUGUGCCUCCCUGGGGGUGUCCAGGCCUUGGCUUUACCCAAUGAAGAGGGUGCCACACCAUUAGACUUAGCUUUGCACAGUGGACACUCCAAGCUAGUUGAAGACAUCACAAAUUUCCAGGGCAGACGUUCCCCUGGCUUCUCCCGUGUGCAGCUCGGCGAAGAUGCCAUCCUGCAGUACACUCACUCGUCAGAAAUGCUGACCUUGACGCUUAACCACACAGCCGAGCAUUUGUUGGAGGCAGAUAUUAAACUCUUCAGGAAAUACCUUCGGGAUAGAGCCUUUAUCACUAAGACUCUUGAAGAGCAAGAAGCCAGGCCAGAGGAAAAACCAGAUAUGCCCUCCAGCGCUGCAGAAGCCAAAGAAGAGAUUAAGAAUUUUGUGUCCAGCAGAUCAUCGCCUGAGCAGGAGGAUGUGAAGUAUAUGAAAAGCCUGGUGGUUCAACUGAAUGAACAUGGAGACCAGGACAGCUUAGAUUUGGAUCGCUCCUUUGAUGUCCAAAAAAAAUCCAAGUAUCCCCCUACAUUCCAUGCUGCAGGCCGGCUUUCCGAUAUGCUGAACGGUGGUGAUGAAGUCUAUGCUAACUGCAUGGUGAUAGAUCAGGUUGGUGAUUUGGAUAUUAGCUAUAUAAAUAUAGAGGGAAUCACUACGAACACCUGCCACGAAUCCAUAGGUUCCACUCUGGGACCUCAGAGCUGCAAGUACAUCCUUCCUACCGACACCAGCCCUGGCAUGUACCCACUAAGCGAGAACAAGGAAGCGACAUCAAAUGCUGAAGCCCAGCAGUCCUUCGCAUCACCACCUAGUUCAUGUGCUUCCAAUUUGAAUCUUUCCCUUGGUCUUCGUGGACUUGAAAAGGAGCAAAGUCACCUAAAGGAUAGAAGUUCUAGUCUCGAUGUCUUGGAUGCCGACAGUGAAGGCGAAGGGCCUUCAGAGCAGCCCCACGCUUGUCACACGCCAGUGUCUCAGAGUUCCUCAAGAUCUGGGAUUCCUAGUGGGGACGAAUUGGACUCUUUUGAGACCAACACUGAACCAGAUUUUAACAUCUCCAGGACUGAGUCACUUUCUUUAUCAAGUAACCCGCAGUCAAAGGAAUCAUUGCUUUCUGGAGUCCGCUCACGUUCUUAUUCCUGCUCAUCACCCAAAAUCUCUUUAGGAAAAACUCGGUUGGUGCGUGAUUUUACAGUGUGCAAUUCAAGUGAAGAACAAAGAGCUUACAGCUUACCGGAGCCCCCAAGAGAAAAAAGAAUUCCAGAAGAAGAAUGGGAUAAAUACAUCAUACCUGUCAAAUCAGAGUCUGAAAAGUACAAAGUGAGCCGAACUUUCAGCUUCCUCAUGAAUAGGAUGACGAGCCCUCGGAAUAAAUCUAAGACAAAAAGCAAGGAUGCCAAGGACAAAGAGAAACUGAGUCGACAUCAGUUUGUUCCUGGAACGUUCUCUGGGGUUUUACAGUGUUUGGUUUGUGAUAAAACGCUCCUCUGGAAAGAGUCGUUCCAGUGUUCCAACUGUAAUGCAAAUGUACAUAAGGGUUGUAAAGAUGCUGCACCUCCAUGUGCCAAGAAAUUCCAAGAGAAAUACAACAAGAACAAACCGCAGACCAUCCUUGGAAGUUCUUCAUUUCGAGACGUCCCACUGCCUGGUCUCUCCUUGCACCCUUCUUCCUCCAUGCCUAUCGGAUUGCCGACCGGGAGGAAGGAAACUGCAGGGCAGGUCCAUCCAUUGUCCAGAAGUGUUCCAGGCACCACCUUGGACAGGAGGUCGGGGACAUCCUUGGAGGCCGAGAGUGACGGAAACACCUGGAGAUGCAGGUCUCAUUCCGAUGAGCUGUUACAGUCCAUGGGCUCAUCCCCCUCCACAGAUUCUUUCUUAAUGGAAGAUGUCGUGGACUCUUCUCUGUGGAGUGACCUCAGCAAUGAUGCCCAGGAGUUUGAAGCAGAAUCUUGGAGUCUUGUGGUGGACCCCUCAUUUUGUAGUAGGCAGGAGAAGGAUGUCAUCAAAAGACAGGAUGUCAUUUUUGAGCUAAUGCAAACAGAAAUGCAUCACAUCCAGACCUUGUUCAUCAUGUCUGAGAUCUUCAGGAAAGGGAUGAAAGAGGAGCUACAGCUUGACCACAGCACUGUGGAUAAAAUCUUCCCUUGUUUAGACGAGUUACUUGAAAUUCAUAGGCAUUUCUUCUAUAGCAUGAAGGAGCGAAGACAGGAAUCCUGUGCUGAUAAUGACAGGAAUUUCAUCAUCAACCGAAUUGGAGAUAUUCUAGUACAACAGUUUUCAGAAGAAAAUGCAAAUAAAAUGAAGAAAAUAUACGGAGAAUUCUGUAGCCAUCACAAAGAAGCUGUUAGCCUCUUUAAAGAACUCCAGCAGAAUAAAAAGUUUCAGAAUUUUAUUAAGCUCCGAAAUAGUAAUCUUUUGGCUCGACGCCGAGGAAUUCCAGAAUGUAUUCUGCUGGUCACUCAGCGCAUCACAAAAUACCCAGUCUUGGUGGAAAGGAUAUUGCAGUACACAAAGGAAAGAACUGAAGAACAUAAAGACUUAUGCAAAGCUCUUUGCUUAAUUAAGGACAUGAUUGCAGCAGUGGAUUUAAAAGUCAACGAAUAUGAGAAAAACCAAAAAUGGCUUGAGAUCCUAAGUAAGAUUGAAAACAAAACAUGUACGAAGCUCAAAAAUGGCCAUGUGUUCAGGAAGCAGGCACUGAUAAGCAAAGAAAGGACUCUGUUAUAUGAUGGCUUUGUUUUUUGGAAAACUGCUACUGGCCGUUUCAAAGAUAUUCUAGCUCUACUUCUAACUGAUGUGCUGCUCUUUUUACAAGAAAAAGAUCAGAAAUACAUCUUUGCAGCUGUUGAUCAGAAGCCAUCCGUUAUUUCCCUUCAAAAGCUUAUUGCUAGAGAAGUUGCUAAUGAGGAGAGAGGAAUGUUUCUGAUCAGUGCUUCAUCUGCUGGUCCUGAGAUGUAUGAAAUUCAUACCAGUUCCAAGGAGGAACGAAAUAACUGGAUGAGACGGAUCCAACAGGCCGUCGAAAGUUGCCCAGAAGAGGAAGGAGGAAGGACAAGUGAAUCUGAUGAAGAGAGGCGGAAAGCGGAAGCAAGAGUGGCCAAAAUUCAGCAAUGUCAAGAUAUACUCAGUAAUCAGGACCAACAAAUUUGUACCUAUUUGGAGGAGAAGCUGCAUAUCUAUGCUGAACUUGGAGAGCUGAGUGGAUUUGAGGAUGCCCAUCUCGAGCCCCACCUCCUCAUUAAACCGGACCCUGGGGAGCCUCCCCAGGCGGCCUCCCUGCUGGCCGCAGCACUGAGAGAAGCCGAGAGUCUACAAGUUGCAGUGAAGUCCUCCCAGAUGGGUGAUGCCUGUCAAUCAUCUGAGGAAGGGUGUGGAGAAUCUGCCUUGACAGACAUACUCAGUCCUCAUGAUGCACCAGGACCACCUACUGCUUCACUAGUCACAGAAGGGACAGGAGGAAGAGGCUGUUGGGAUGUGGAUCCCGGGACCAAGGGUGUGGGAACCGACUUGGCGGUCUCUGAUGCAGGGGAGAAGGUGGAAUAUAGAAGUUUUCCAGGUUCUUCACAGUCAGAGAUUAUACAAGCGAUACAGAAUUUAACCCGUCUCUUAUAUAGCCUUCAGGCCGCCUUGACCAUUCAGGACAGCCACAUUGAGAUCCACAAGCUGGUUCUCCAGCAGGAGAGCCUGUCCUCUGGCCCCUGUUUCCGAGGCAGCCCCUUCCAGGACCAGGAGAAGUACCGCAACCUGGAGAAGCAGCGUGAGGAGCUGGUCAACAUCCACAAGCUCCAGCACCAGUUCCAGCAGGACCAGCGGCGCUGGCACCGCAGGUGUGACCAGCAGCAAAGGGAACAGGAGGCCAAGGAGAGCUGGCUGCAGGAGCGCGAAAGGGAGUGCCAGUCACAGGAGGAGCUGCUGCAGAGGCACCGUGGGGAGCUGGGCCAGCAGCUCCAGGAGUACCAGCAGAACCUGGAGCGGCUGAGGGAGGGCCAGCGCCUGGUGGAGAGGGAGAGGGAGAGAGUGCGGGCCCAGCAGAGCCUUCUGUGCGGCUGGAAACACAGCCGGCAGAGCAGCCUUCCUGCAGCAUUUUCUCCAGGAAGCACAGAGGUAAUGGAGCUUAAUCGAUCUGAGAGUUUAUGUUAUGAAAAUUCAUUCUUCAUCAAUGAAGCUUUAGUACAAAUGUCAUUUAACACUUUCCACAAACCGACUUCAUCAGGUAUCUAUCAGGAUGCCACUUACCCCCUCAAUAUUUCUAAUUCUGAUUUGAUAAGGACUAGUGAAAAUCAAGUAGACCUCAAGAUGGACGUUUCUCAGCCAUUGGGAGUCAACCAUGAACUGUGGGCAACUGCUGAGUCCUGUCAUCAGACACUCCCUCUCCACCAAAGCAGUGAGGAUUCUUGUAAAAAUGAUUUGGACGUCUCUGGGACUGAGUUCACAAGCCCCCAUGACUCAGAUCCACACGGCCCUCAGCUGCCGACGUUUAUAACAGAAGCAAAGCUAAAUCUACAGACAUUGACCAGACAAGAAGGGGAAACUGGAGAUGGAGCUGAAGAAAAUAUUGUUUACCUUUAAUAGUGUUGUCAUUAUUUUUUUAAACAAAACAAAACACUGGCAUUUUGGCGAGAUUGGUUUUUCCCUUUCCUGAUGUGUAUGUGACUAUGUCCAAAUUACUUUAAGAGUAAUAUUUAAUAUUUCAUGCAAGUUCCUUUUUUGGGCAUGAGUCUAAUUAAAUUAUUGAAAGCAGCUCUGUUUGUAUAAUUGUUAACUUAUCACACCUAAUUUCAGAUUUCUGGAAGAGAAAUUGAAUAAGCAGAAAUAUUUUCAAAGUUCUGACUCUAGUUUCUAUAUUGCAUUUUUUCCUAUAUCAUCUGGUUUUUGAAAUGCCUUGUAAGACCUAGACGAAGCAUGAUAUUCAAGAUGGGCCAACUUUCACAAUCACAGCUGCUGAUUAUGGAGAGUGGCUGCAGUGUCCCCAAAGGCAGAGAGGAAGAUGUGGGAAAGGCGUUUUCUUGGUUAGUUUUUACAUACUAAUUUCUUUGGAACAUCUAAGGGGUCACUCCUGGCGGUGAUCUGUCACAUUCACCAUGCAACCCAAUGUAUCCUGUCUGGUCACUGCUCUGACCAGGAGGCCACUCUGCUAUGGACACAAUCUGGACUCUUGCGACCUGGGCCAGAUACUUUGCAGAAGCACUUUCUUGGUCCUAAUACUGUUUGCUUUUCAAGCCACAGUUCAGCAUCAUCUUUCAAGAGAGCCCAGAGGCAAAACCCCAGCAAGUCAAUUUUGAUGUAAAUAAUGAAACUCCAGUAAGUGCCCUUGCUGCUUUCCACUGGCCUUGUCUCUGCCAGCCCCGGGAGCAUCAACAACUACCACUCUCAUCUCGGCCCUGCAGUUCUUUAAGGAUAAAAACUGCUCUCGGCAAAGCUUACUGCUGGUAUGUGGUUUUCCGCAAAGUAAAGCUGGCACAUCCUGAUUUCAGAGUAAUAUGGUCUUUGUGUGAGAAAAUAAACCUGAAAAUGUUUUCAGCUUGUUCUUCAGAAAUACUUGUAUAUAUUUCAGUCAGUGUCAAUAAAUAUCUCGUACUUGUCUAUUUUA